AGCCCAUUAGCAAAAUUCUGCAUAUAAAAAGGGCCACACCCUUACUAUUGUUUCAUUCUGAGCAAACAAUCAACAAGAACAGAACCAACACACACCACGUUUCUCUUCCUCUCUCCGGCGAUCUGGGCGGCGGCGGAGCCGCUGUAGUCGGCGGCGGUCCGACGAGAUGCCGGGGGCCACUUUUCCGGCCAAACACCCCCCCUCCCUCCUCCGAUCGUCCUGUUUUCCCGACAAUCCAAACACCGAGCACCCCUUUCCCCUUUUGCCUUCAUCAAAACGGAGCACCACCACCACUGUUGGGUGGUGGUGAUGUGCGGCGGCUACAAUCAGGGAGGAGAGAGAGAGACUCGGGAAGAGAGAGAGUCGAGAUGGGAGAGAGGAUCGCCGCUCACGGCGGCGGCGGUGACGAAGUCAGGCGGAGGCGGAGUCAGACGGCAGAGACAGCGGGGUCGGAGACUCGGACCAGUAGUUUAUGUCUUGGACCGGUGGUUUGUGUUUCGGACCGGCGAUCAGUUCGUUUAUCCAGUCGGUCCAUUUACCCGGUGAUCGGUGAAGAUGAUGAUGAGUUCCUGUUUCCGUCAACCGCAGGCGGUGGUGGUCAGCGGUGGUCCGAGACUCGAACCGGCGGUCUUCGUUUUUGUCCAACGAAUUUCCGUUUCGCAGCGGCUCAACAAAUCAACAGGGGUGGUGUCUAUGUUCAGUUCGUUUCGGGAUGGUUCGAGUCAAACCCGGUUGACUCGGUCAACACCCGAGUCAACUCGGGUCAACAACAGUCCAAGCACGGUCAGCUUAUGGGUCAACUCGGUCCGGGUCAGCAGUGGUCAACAAGAUCAGUUCGGGUGAUGCUUCGGGUUCGGGACUCGGUUCGGCUCGGUCUCGGUUCAGUUGACUCAGUCAGCGAGUCGACUCAGUCAAGACUCGUCUCAGGUCAACAAGUUCAACUCGGUUCGACUCGGUUCCUCACGGCUCGACUCAGUUCAACUCAGUCAACGUAACAAGUCAACUCAGCGGGUCAACCCGGUUGACUCGGUCAGCUCAGCCGGUUAACUCAAUUAGCUUUUUCGUCACGAGGAUGGUAAAGAUUUAGGAAGAUUAUUAUUUACGUUCGUUUGUUAUUUUUAUACGCGAAAUCGAGCUCAAACCGAUCUAUUUAAAUAUGCUUUACAUCUUUAUAUAACUGACGAAAUCUCAUAUAUUGAUUAUAUUGGUUGAAUUUGAUUGAA